UUAUUUAUAACUCUGUGCGAGACCCUAUUAUACUUAUAUGCGUAUUAUUACUUAAGAAUUUAUGACCGCUCAGGUAGAUUUAUCGGCAGUGCCUAAAAAUUCAAAUAACAGGUUCUAGGUCAGUCGAGUUAUUAACGCUGUUUUUUACAUUGUCAUGUAUUUAUUACGGAUGAAAUAGGUUCAUGUAAAUUCACCAUAAACCAAUCUGAGAGAAUCAACGUUAAUGUUUUUGGAAACCCUUUCAAGUUGUAUCAAAGGCAAUUCAUAGCAACGUAACUAGACAGUUUGUUUGCAUUUCGUUGCCAGGAAAUAAGCAGCAAACUGAAGUCUAACACUACUGAUUGUACACUACGGUUUCGUCUGCUGUUUAUGACUCUUUAACACUAGAGGAGGAUUUUGGGGUCUGGGGUCUUUCUGAAGCUUACUUCAAUAAAAAUGACUACCGGUAAUAAAGACGUUGUCACACUAAAUGUUGGGGGGCAGAAAUUUACAACCUUAGUGUCAACACUGAGAAGAUUUUCCGACUCUAAACUAGCACGCAUGUUAGACGGAAGUGACCCAGAAUUUAGAGUAGUGAAUGGUCAAUUUUUCGUGGAUAGAGAUGGGAGUUUAUUUAAGUAUAUCCUGGACUACCUAAGGACUCGCCAAGUCUUCCUGCCUCCUGAUUUCUUUGAUUACGAAGGUUUGACACGUGAAGCUGAGUUCUAUGAAAUACGUGUACUGGUGGAUUACCUAAGCAAAGACAGUAUUCGACAAAGACUGGAGAUCCUGGAGGUUCGAUUUUCCCUUCAAGACACUCACUCGUUCUUCAGAAUCUUCUGUUCAUACAGCAGUACCAUCGAGAUGCUAGCUGCGAGGAUAUGCGUGUUUGCAGAACAGGUAUCGACGAACUGGAAUUAUGCAAACCAACCUCAAAAACCAAUGGCUCCCGUUCCACUGCAGAGACCUUCACAUCACGACCUUGUGUUCCACUGUGGCACAAACUACUCGGCUGGAGAAGAGUUUGCUGCCCGGUAUGUAACGAUUCAACCAGACGACAGGAAACUCAUUAAUGGCACCAAUGUACUGGGCUUGCUAGUAGAUAUACUACUAAAGGAAGGAUUCCGUCUCAUAGGCACACGAACGGUUUCUUCAGAAGAAAAGGUGGAGUGUUACACAUUUGAAAGAAUCAAAAGGCCACAGAUCCUGACCUUUAACGAUGGGCUCAGAACAGAACACGCUAAUCAUCAAACAAAACACGGCAAAACUCAAAGAAAAUGAAGACAACACAAUCAGUUGCAUGUAAAACAAGGAAAAGGGGAUAGCAGUUAAACACUUGAUGAAAUAUUUGUUGAAAGUUUAAAAAACACUUUAUUUGUGGUAAUUUUACCCUGAAGGUAGCGACACAUUGGUACCCUCAAAAACAGCCAAAAUGCAGUUUCUGCAAUUGUACAUAAAUAAGGGUCCAUUAUGUUGUCUAUGUAACGUUAUAUUUUAUUUAUGGUCAACACCUGAACAUUCAAUCUUGUGAUUUAUAAUUAUAAAUGUACAGGGAAACACCGAAAACAAUUAAGCCAUCCUUCUAAAGGCCACUGAGAAAACAGCAUGCUGGCCUAAGUAAUGUCAAGCACAGUUUAUGUUUUGAUCAAGUUACUUAAAAAAAAAUAAAAAUAAAAAUACGUGUUUACUCUAGAAAAACACACCUAUUGCAGUAAAGUGUCCUUUUAACCUUUAACUUCCACUCCAUCAGUUAACCCUAAUUGCUGUACUUAACUGUUCUUUUCGUAUCUAUCCAUCUAUUGCACAUUUAUAAGACUGACUCUUUAAAAAUAUAUAUUUUGUAUGUCUGAAACACUUAAUGAUGUAUGAAUAAAAAUAACUGCAAAAAUAAAAUGUUAACUUGUCAAAAGAAGUCUUUGAACCACAGGGUUUGCUUGGCAACUUUACUAGUGAUUUUAUGUUCCUGAAAAAAAAACACUUUCGUUGGCAAUCCAGUCAUACAUUCACCAUCCACUAGGGGGAGGCCAUCACAGAACCAUCAAU